CUGAACUUGCGGUGCUGUGAUCUGUGAAUAGCAAUUGUACUUUUCAGAAAGAACGCGCUUGUAACCGGCAGCAACACUGAAUCUUCUUAUCAAGCAAAAAGUGUAGAUUCGUCAAGCUGCAACUUAGAGACCGUAUCGAGGUUACUUUUUGAGCCACGUCUGCAUUACUAGUCAACAAAAAAAUGGAGAUUGAGUCCAUGUCAAGAUAUGUAUCACCUGUCAACCCAUCAAUGUUCCCAUGGCUGGCAGGUCUCUUGCUGUUGAUUGGAAUUUUUUUCACUGCCUGGUUCUUCGUGUAUGAAGUAACUAGUACAAAGUUCACAAGAGAUAUAUUCAAAGAGCUGCUUAUCUCUUUAGUGGCAGCACUAUUUUCAGGGUUUGGCAUCCUAUUCCUUCUGUUGUGGGUUGGAAUUUAUGUCUGAAAAUACAGAAAUAUCGUCUCACAGAUAAGAAAACUUUGAAUAUUGUUGAAAAAAAGUGUGCAAUUAAGGUAUGUGUGUACUAUAUGUGAAUGACAAACAUGUUUUAUAAGAAAAAAAGUUUUAUGCAUUUAAUACCUCUCUUAAGUUUUACUAAGAGUUAAGAGAAAUAAACUAUAUUACAUUU